GCUGUCCGCCAGCACCCGGCCCCUCGGCGGCCGCACGGACACUGCGAGCAAGGGCGGCCAUGCAGGAGCCGCUGCUGGGAGCCGAGGGCCCGGACUACGACACCUUCCCUGAGAAGUCCCCGUCGCCGGGGGAGAGGACGCGGGUCGGGGCCCCACAGAACAAGAGGGUGUUCCUGGCCACCUUUGCCGCGGUGCUGGGCAAUUUCAGCUUCGGGUAUGCCCUGGUCUACACAUCCCCUGUCAUCCCAGCCCUGGAGCACUCCUUGGACCCGGACCUGAGUCUGACCAAAACCCAGGCAUCCUGGUUUGGGUCCAUAUUCACCUUGGGUGCAGCAGCUGGGGGCCUCAGUGCUAUGGUUCUCAACGACCUCCUGGGCCGGAAGCUCAGCAUCAUGUUCUCAGCUGUACCAUCAGCAGCUGGCUACGCGCUCAUGGCAGGUGCCCACGGCUUCUGGAUGCUGCUGCUGGGGAGGACGCUGACAGGCUUCGCUGGGGGUCUCACAGCUGCCUGCAUCCCGGUGUACGUGUCUGAGAUUGCUACCCCGAGUGUUCGUGGGGCCCUGGGGGCCACGCCCCAGCUCAUGGCAGUGUUCGGAUCUCUGUCCCUCUACGCCCUUGGCCUCCUGCUGCCAUGGCGCUGGUUGGCUGUGGCCGGGGAAGGGCCCGUGCUCAUCAUGAUCCUGCUGCUCAGCUUCAUGCCCAACUCCCCUCGCUUCCUGCUCUCACGGGGCAGGGACACGGAGGCGCUGCGGGCGCUGGCCUGGCUCCGUGGGGCCGACACCGACAUCCGCUGGGAGUUCCAGCAGAUCCAGGACAACGUCCGCAGACAGAGCACCCACAUGUCGUGGGCCGAGGCCCGGAACCCCCACAUGUACCGACCCAUCCUCAUCGCCUUGCUGAUGCGCUUCCUGCAGCAACUGAUGGGCAUCACGCCCAUCCUUGUCUACCUGCAGCCCAUCUUCGAAAGCACUGCCGUCCUUCUGCCCCCGAAGGACGAUGCAGCCAUCGUGGGGGCCGUGAGGCUCUUCUCCGUGUUGAUCGCCGCCCUCACCAUGGACCUGGCUGGCCGCAAGGUUCUGCUCUUCAUCUCAGCCACCAUUAUGUUUGUGGCCAACCUGACGCUGGGGCUGUAUGUCCACUUCGGUCCGAAGCCUCUGACUCCCAACAGCACCAUGAGCACCAUGGGCCUCGAGAGUGUGUCCUUGGGGGGCACAGAGCAGCCCCUGGCCACCCCCUCCAGCUACCUCACCCUCGUGCCCCUGGUGGCCACCAUGCUCUUCAUCACAGGCUACGCCAUGGGCUGGGGGCCCAUCACCUGGCUCCUCAUGUCGGAGAUCCUGCCCCUGCAAGCCCGCGGUGUGGCCUCGGGGCUCUGCGUGCUUGUCAGCUGGCUCACUGCCUUUGCCCUCACCAAGUCCUUCCUGCUGGUGGUGAACGCCUUCGGCCUCCAUGUGCCUUUCUUCUUCUUCACUGCCAUCUGCUUGGCCAGCCUGGUGUUCACUGGCUGCUGCGUGCCUGAGACCAAGGGCCGGUCGCUGGAGCAGAUUGAGUCCUUCUUCCGCACCGGGAGGAGGUCCUUCCUGCACUAGGUGAGGGUCCCCGCCCGGGGGGGCCAAACCACUGGGCGCAAGGCCUCUGCGCUGGCCACAAGCCUGCACGCUGAGCCCGGAAGGCAGCAGCAAUCUGCCACCUAACGGAACACAGGAGGACCAGACAGAAGCAUGGCAGGACCCCACAGGGCACAUUCUGGCUCUGGGCAGGCAACACCCCUCUCCAUCCUAGGCCCCAGCUCAGGCAGCCUGCCAUGUUGCACGCUCAU